CGGACGGAGAAGGCAAUUUGCGUUGCGGAUGAGAAAGGUUCUCUAGUUUUGUCGUCUUUUGGGGUACGACGACGUAUAGGUGGAUUAUAAAUACGAAAUUACCGCUAACGAUUGGAGAUCAGAAGCGAUUAAUCGCCAUUUUCUUUCUUCUUCUUCUUCAUCAUCUCUCUCUCUCUCUCUCUGCUUAGGUGCAGUUUUUUCUGGUUCUUUGUUUUUUCUCCAUCUCUCUCUCUCUUUAAGCCUGAAUUGUAUGGCCGCUAAUUCGAGGAGCGUAGGAGCGAUCGCCGGCUUGGGGAAACGAAUCACUGACCAGAUCUGGACCUGCGAUCCACUUCGUAACUCUGUGAUCUCUUCCUCUGCUCCGAAGUUCAGGAGAGCAGCUCACACCUCAGUGUAUGACAAGAACCCAGAGGAGCAAGUUCGACCAUCCAUAGUCCCAGAUGAUGUGAUUCAACCUCAAGCAGCAGCUGACAACUACUGGGCUCCUCAUCCACAAACCGGAGUUUUUGGACCGGCCUCAGACAAUCCUGCUGCAGUGGCGGCGGCAGCCAACCGUGCAGCCGAUGGUGGCAACUACUCCGCUGUGGAGGAGGAAAAAGCUUGGUUCCGACCAACAAGUCUGGAGGAUUCGGAGAAGCCCCACGGGUUAUAGAGUCGUUACUUUUGGCCACAAAACAUUAGUCAAGAAGUAGCAGCCCAAACUAUAUUUACGUUAUUAAAUAAAGAAGGUUUGUUUGUUUGUUUAAGUGUUUGGAGUCUUUGUGUUGUUUUGUAAAAGGUUAAAAAGCAAAUGGUUAUUAUAUAGUGUUUGUACCAAACUAUAUUACGUUGUUUGGAUGUUUUUGUGCCCUUCUUUGACUAUACAAAAUAGUGUGCUUUUAUAGCUCUAUA